AUGAUAUUUGAUAGUGGCAUCCAUACUAUUCACAAUAAAAUGCUAGCGUCCCUAUUGGAUGCACCUCCAUUCGAGCUCAUGGAGCGUUCCACACUUGACCGUGAUCUUCUACCCUUCAACGUUAAUAUGUCCUCCGAUAUUCCAUUAUCCACUGGUGUUGUGGAAACGGAGGAAGAAACCGAUCAUAGCGAGAUCACUCGUAUCUACCCCGGAGCGGACCUCAUUCCCUUGAACAUCUUCCCAUCAUCUCUUCCACCACGGCUCGUGAGGCGGGCUCUCUCUUAUCGAUUCGCCAUCAUGACGCCUCGUGUACUUCCGUCGCGCAAUGUGUCCAAUCCGUAUCUCCAAUACUGGUUUCCUAUGUCACUUAACGAUCAGGCGACAUUCAAGGCCAUAGUACUGUCUUCCCUAUCGCACGAGAGGAUCAAUGGCCUGAUCUCGGCCAACAUGGCUAGCCUGACAUCGACCAAAGAGGUCGUACCGUAUUUGAAACAAUACUACUUGGACACGAUAACUUCGAUAAAUGAAGCACUACACGAUCCUGUUCGAGCAACUGCUGAUGCGACCAUCCUGGCAGUCUUGAUGAUGGUUGAAAAGCCAUUGCUUCAUGAUGACAACCAGUGGUCCAAGCAGUCUCCAUUCCAGGCCCCGCUGCAAGGAUUACAAUGGUUGGAUGUCCACAGUGCCAGAGAACCCAAUCAGUUGCAUCAAAUGGGUCUUCACAGAAUAAUAUCCUUAAGGGGUGGCCUUUCUCAGGUUACAACGCCUGGUCUUGCAGCCGCAGCAUUCUACCGGGUACUAGUAAACUCUACGCUGCUACUUUCUCCUCCGCCUCUUCCGUUCGUCGCACUAUCUGGUCAAAGCGAAUAUGAGAUAGAAAGUCACUUUCUUCUUGGCAUCACUAACACAGCUAAUCGCUUAACGCUCCUCGACACAAUAGAUCUUGAUCCGGAACUCCGCAAAGUUAUGCAGGAACUGAAAGUCUACACAGCAACAAUUGACGACUACGUUUCCGGACGUAGUUCGUCAUACAGGCCCCAGGCAAUUUGCGACCAGCGCAAUCUAGUUCAGUAUCAUUUGAUGAGCAUAGGGAGGAUUACUGGCACAGGACUUGGAGCUAUAUCCGAAGUCUGUCGACUGGCGACAAGUAUUUACAGUAUCGGGGUGACGUUUCCACUUUCUGGCGUCCGAGCUCCAUUUGAAACACUGGCAAAGGCAUUACAAUCAGAGUUGGAUACUAAUAAGCUUCUCGACACCUGGCCAGUUCUGGAACAUGGCGAUAUCCUGUUUCUGUGGAUCCUCAUGAUGGGCGGUAUAGCAGCUAGGAAUGGACCAGGCAGAGACUGGUUCAUCGAGAGCUUGGCUGAGGUUAUGUAUGUUUCAGAUAACGUGCAGUGGAGCUGCGUGAAAGAAAAGCUGCGGAUGAUACUCUGGCUAGAUAUUGCUUGUGAGAUGGCUGGGAAGGAGGUUUGGGGUGAAGCCCACGUUCUGCUGCAGAGCCGAGCGCAGAGGACAAAAUCAGUCCCUUUCCCUUCACCCACAUCAAACCAGAAGUUGAAGGCACCUUGUGGUCACUGCCGAUCAAAGAAGAUUAAAUGUGAUAAGGAUGACCCUUGUCAGAACUGCGUCAAAAGUGGGUUGAGCUGCGGCUCAGCUGGAGCCAGUGCGGCUUUCCAAGCAAGGGUGCACGUGUUCUCCAUGCGACAGAAGCCGUGCGACAUGUGUCGGCGACGGAGGGUGCGAUGUGAUAAGGGGAAGCCGUGCCAGCGCUGCAAAGACGGUGGCUUUAGAUGUGUCUACAGAGAAUAUUUACAAAGUUGA